UAUACUAAACGUACCUCCCAACGGAUAUUUAUUGCGAUUUGGAACUCAGUAGUUCACGUUAGAAAUCGUUAUAAGUAAUAAACCUUUCCUAGUUGGCCGGACGACUGGAGGAUUGACCUUCAAUGGCAGACACAACGGGGAAUCACGUAUAUACCCCGACAGAAAGUCAGCCCCCUGGCACGUCAGAGCACAGCAACCCGUUGUACAUCGCCUACGUCCUUGUGCCGGUCUUCUUCCUGCUCGGCCUUCUGGGAGUUCUCAUCUGCCACGUGCUGCAGAGGAAGGGCUACCGCUGCACCACCGAGGCGGAGGAGGAGGAGGUGAAGGAUGAGGAGAAAGACCUGGAACAGGGAGCAGACUUAAAUGAUACCUACAGCGAAAGCAACAAUGACACCGUUGGACAGAUUGUUCUUUCCAUCAUGAAGAAUGAAGCAAAUUCAGAUGCUCUCAAAGCCAUGGUUCAUGGAAACAGCAUUGACUCAGAUGGCCCGGCCACGCCCACCUCCCCCGUCACGCCCACCUUCCCGGCGACGCCCCUGUCCCCCGUCGCCCCGGUGGCGGCGGCAGAAAAGCCCAAGCACACCUGUAACCAUCUGCACACCAUCGGGGGCGUGGGCGCCAACCAGAACAUCUGUAACCGCUGCAACCUCAAGAAGGGCUGGCCGCUCAUGAGGAGGGUCUCCAACAGGAAGGCAGACCGCCGGAGCUACGGCGAGGUCACGGUGCUGGCGGUGGGCAGGUUUCGGGUGACCAAGUGUGACAAGCCCGCCAGGGAGAGGCGGACCCUGCUGAUCUCGGACUCCAAUGGGAGCAUGCCCUCGUCCCCCGUGGAGGCGGGGCCUCCCAGCAGGACCCCCUCAGAGUCACAGGCGCAAGAAGCCAACACAAAGUGAAGGCAAGAGCUCGGCAGAAACAACAGAAAUUGGGAAUCGAAUUAGACACUUUUAAAACCAAGCGGCAGAAUGACGUGUCCAUGCCGGAGGGUAGUCAUUAGACGGCUGCCAUGUCAGUCCAGGGUCGUUCCCUCCCCCCUCCACGCCCCUUCCCUUCUGCAGCCGAACGAGUUGAGAGAACGGUGAUGAUGACAAUGGGGAGGAGGAAGAGCCGAAGUUAAUGUCUUAGCCAUUCUGCCAAUGUUAUACCUUCCUAAGGAGGUGUGUGUAUGUGUGUGCGUGUGGGCCAUGAGCGUCCAUAUACCCUUCCAAAAUAAGCAGCCGCCAUCAAAACAGACCAAAUCUUGGGUAAACUAGAGUUCAUUUUUCCAGACUCCACUGAGGAUUCCUCGGUGGUCAUGUGACUCCCUGGGCUUGUGUCCAGGGUGUAGAUGCUGCAUUAGUAAAUGUAGUUCAUAUGAGAGCCAAGUGCACUUUGAGUACGAACUUUAUACCAAAGCACAUCCUUCCAAGGUACAAUCUCUAGCUAGUUUGAAUGGCGAGGGCCCUGCAGACCAUGGGUUUCAUGUCUUCCCCUCUGCAAGCACACUUCUCUGUUUCCCCCUGGUGAUAUGACGGUGAAUGUAUGAUUGUUCCAUGUUUAACAGGAAGCUACUAUGAGUUUUUGAUAUUUAUACCCCAUACAGACAAAACUUUUUUUUUUUUUCUGAGUCUGUGCCUCUUUGCAAGAUUCUGUAUCCCACAUUUUACUGAGGAUCUGUUGAUUAGCUGUGCCAAUGCCUUAUUUUGUAGACGUAGUAUAUAGGAAAUGUAUACGAUCAGCCUAAAUUUACAUUUUAACUGUGUGGAUUCAGUUCUGUGAAUUUUGUUUUUACUGGAUGUGGGCACCCAAAAUGCCUUUAGUUUGACCUGUCUGUGUGUGUGUGUGUGUGUGUGUGUGUGUGUGUGUGUGUGUGUGUGUGUGUGCACAUGUGAGGAAUAGCACGCGCCCUCUGUAUUUGUCUCAUGAGAUUUAGUGACAUGCAUGUCACCAAAUGUGUGUUUCAUGUUGAAAUUAUUUUUAUUAUUAUGUCCAGAACAUGGACGUUACCUCUACAAAGUGUCCUUGCAUACUCCAAAGUAUAACAUAGGACAUAUAUAUAUGACAAUAUUCUAUUUUGGUCUUUCCAAACCAAAAUACCUCUCGUCAUUACAUUUCUUUAAGCUUUCCUGGACUCUCAAACUGAAGCGAUGUUCCAUCUCACAAAGAUUUUAGAAAAAUGUGUUGAUAUGAGUUAAUGGAAUGAAAUAAACACCAUGUGCCUAUUUAUGACAUGCAUAUGAUUAUAUUGACUGUAUUGCUUUCCGAACUUCAGCUCAGAAUGAUCAAAUCAGUUUCCCACUUGUCCCAAAUGUUGUUGGUUUUUAUGUUAUGUUUUGUGUAUUUAAAAAGAGAAAAUAUGCCUAACUUCAUAAAAGAAAUGAAUGUUGACACUUCUUUAUAGAUGUAUGCAGUGUAUAAUGAAUUGAUUCUAUAAUAAAUUGAUACACAUCCAUCCAUUCUU